GUUCGAAUCGAAUAAAUUUAAAAUAUUUGUGCGGUGCGGUCUCAUAUUAAUUACAAGAAAAUUAAAAAUGACUUUUAGUUAUCAUGUGCCCAGUUUUCUCAGCCGAUGGUUGCCGAAUAGUGAGCCCCGAAGUGUAAAUCCUUUCCUCAUUAGCCGAUCUUCAGCGGUAGUUGAAGGUGCUGAUAGUUCGGCGGUGCUGAGCGUUCUAAAAGUUGAUCUUUGUCUGGACGACAACCACAAGGAGCACUACACGAGUUACUUCCACGCAGCUGCCAGUGAUGCCCUGAUCGUGAGGAGAGGAGAGCCCUUCCGGCUGAGGAUCCACUUCGACCGGGAUUACAGCCCCAGCAAGGAUGCAAUCAGCUUCAUCCUGAGCGUGUCCGAUGACACCGAGGCACGUCCCGGAAGGGGCACCUUCAGUGUCCUGGUUCCCCACGAUGGCAUCGAUUAUCUGGGUGAUCCAUUGGAGUGGGGAUCGGGCAUCGAAACGCAUGAAGGUCAAACGCUCACAGUACUGAUCAAACCACCAGCUAACUGCCCCGUAACGCAAUGGAAAAUGGACAUCGACACGAAGCUGCUGGGCGAUGGAUCGAGGAGCUAUCCCCUGCCACUGCCCAUCUAUGUGCUGUUUAAUCCCUGGUGUCCGGAGGAUCAGGUGUAUUUGGAGGAUCGCGAUCAGCGCAAGGAGUAUGUGUUGAAUGACACCACACUCAUUUCGGUCGGCAGCCACAACAACAUGAGUCAAUUGCCCUGGAAACUCGGUCAGUUCGAGCGGGACAUACUGGAGUGCAGCUUGAUGGUACUGGGCACCGUGGGUAAAGUUCCGCCAGCCUUCAGAGGUGAUCCUGUGCGAGUGGCCCGUGCUCUGUCCGCUGCGGUGAACGUGAAUGACAAUGACAAUGGCAUCCUUUGGGGCAAGUGGUCGUUGACGAACGAUUAUUCGGGUGGUGUGGCACCCAACAAUUGGACCGGUUCAAUGGAGAUCCUUCAGAAAUACUACAAAACCAAUGCGGCUAUAAAGUACGCCCAGUGUUGGGUUUACGGCGGUGUGCUGGCCACAAUUUCAAGGAGCCUGGGAAUACCAACUAGGGUCAUUACCUGCUUCGAAUCAGCUCACGAUUGCCAAGGUUCCCUGACCAUUGACCUGGUUUCGGAAUUAAAAUACAAUAAAGAGGGAAUAUGGAACUUUCACGUGUGGAACGAACUUUGGAUGCAGCGACCGGAUUUGGGAGUGGGUCAGCAGGGCACUUUCGAUGGCUGGCAGGUGGUAGAUAGCACCCCCCAAGAGCCAUCCGAUGGAAAGUCUCAACUAGGUCCCGCUCCCGUUUCAGCCGUGAAAAACGGUGAGAUUCAAAUAGCCUACGAUUGUGGUUUUGUCUUCGCUGAGGUGAAUGCGGAUGUUUUAACCUGGCGCGACGAUGGACCCAAUCAACCGCUAAAGCUCAUCCAUAGAGAUACCCAGUCUGUGGGUCAGAAAAUCAGUACCAAGGCGGUCAAGAGUUGGGAAAGGGAAGACAUCACCGAUAACUACAAAGAUCCAGAAAAUUCCAAAGAAGAAAGGAGCACCAUGUACAAGGCCCUCAAAAAAUCCGGCAAAGCCCUUAGCAGAUACUACCUUAAUGACACAUUCAAAGAUAUAGAGUUCGAUAUGGAGCUGAAAAGUGACCUGAAAAUGGGGGAGAACUUUAGUGUGGUACUGAAAGUUAGCAAUAAAAGCGAAAGUACAGCCCACUUGGCUAAGGGUCAAAUUGCAUGCGAUACCGUUCACUACACCGGCAGGGGUGCAGUGAAGGUCAAGGCCAUGGACUUUGACCUGAAACUGAAGCCCAAGAGCAGCGAAUAUGUGCGUAUGGAGGUCCUCUUCAAGGAGUACUUCGACAAGCUGUUCUCGCACGCCGCCUUCCAGAUUACCGCUGCGGCCAAGAUCAAGGACACCGACAUCGAUUACUAUGCCAAGGAUAAUCUCCUGCUGCGCAAGCCGGACAUCAAGUUUAAGUUCGGUGAUGCUGGCAUCGUGGUGCAGAAGGAAUUGGAUGUAAUCGUGCGCCUGGAGAAUCCUCUGCCCAUUCCCCUGCACAAGGGUCUGUUCACCGUGGAGGGACCGGGCAUCAAGACGCCUCUAAAGCUCAAGGUUGCCGAGAUCACAGUGGGUGGCAUUGCGGCUGCCACCUUUAAAUACACCCCACCCUAUGCGGGGCGUGGCACACUGCUGGCCAAGUUCAAUGCCAAAGAACUGGAAGAUGUUAGCGGCUAUAAGCACUAUGAAGUUGCGAAGCAAUCCUAAGACACCAGAGGAGUAACAAACCACCAUUGUCAUUGUGCCAUUUUGUCUUUCUUUUUC